CCCGCGGGGCGCAUGGGGCGCCUGGAGCCGCGAUCGCGCCAGGGCCCGGCGCCCAGCUCGCCGCUGCCGUGAGAAGCCGCCCGGGACGCCCCCUGGACCGCGAGCUGCCGGGAGGAUGACCAUGGCCGGGGGCAGGAGAGGACUGGUGGCCCCGCAGAACACGUUCCUGGAGAACAUCGUCCGGCGCUCCAGUGAUACUAAUUUUGUAUUGGGGAAUGCCCAGAUAGUGGACUGGCCUAUCGUGUACAGCAAUGAUGGAUUUUGCAAGCUGUCUGGCUAUCACAGGGCGGAAGUGAUGCAAAAAAGCAGUACCUGCAGUUUUAUGUAUGGGGAGCUGACUGAUAAAGACACAAUUGAAAAGGUGCGGCAAACGUUUGAGAACUAUGAGAUGAAUUCCUUUGAAAUUUUGAUGUACAAGAAGAACAGGACACCUGUGUGGUUCUUUGUGAAAAUUGCUCCAAUUCGAAAUGAACAGGAUAAAGUGGUUUUAUUUCUUUGCACUUUCAGUGACAUAACAGCUUUCAAACAGCCAAUUGAGGAUGAUUCAUGUAAAGGCUGGGGGAAGUUUGCUCGGCUGACUAGAGCACUGACAAGCAGCAGGGGUGUCCUGCAGCAGCUGGCUCCCAGUGUGCAAAAAGGCGAGAAUGUCCACAAGCACUCCCGCCUGGCUGAGGUUCUGCAGCUGGGCUCAGACAUCCUCCCCCAGUACAAACAAGAGGCACCAAAGACUCCCCCUCACAUCAUCUUACAUUACUGUGUUUUUAAGACCACGUGGGAUUGGAUCAUCUUGAUUUUAACCUUCUACACAGCCAUCCUGGUCCCUUACAAUGUCUCCUUUAAAACCAGGCAGAACAAUGUGGCCUGGCUGGUUGUGGAUAGCAUCGUGGAUGUCAUCUUUUUGGUGGACAUUGUGCUGAAUUUUCAUACUACCUUUGUUGGACCAGCUGGGGAGGUGAUUUCUGACCCCAAACUCAUCCGCAUGAACUACCUGAAGACGUGGUUUGUGAUUGACCUUCUGUCCUGUUUGCCAUAUGAUGUCAUCAACGCUUUUGAGAACGUGGAUGAGGGCAUCAGCAGCUUGUUUAGCUCACUGAAGGUCGUUCGGCUGCUUCGUCUGGGGCGAGUGGCCCGUAAGCUGGACCACUACAUUGAAUACGGAGCUGCUGUGCUGGUCCUGCUGGUGUGUGUGUUUGGGCUAGCUGCUCACUGGAUGGCCUGCAUUUGGUACAGUAUCGGGGACUACGAGAUCUUUGAUGAGGACACCAAGACCAUCCGCAACAACAGCUGGCUCUACCAACUGGCGAUGGACAUUGGCACCCCUUACCAGUUUAACGGGUCUGGCUCAGGGAAGUGGGAAGGUGGUCCCAGCAAGAAUUCCGUCUAUAUCUCCUCGUUGUAUUUCACUAUGACCAGCCUUACCAGCGUGGGCUUUGGCAACAUUGCCCCAUCCACAGACAUCGAGAAAAUCUUUGCGGUGGCCAUCAUGAUGAUUGGCUCUCUUCUGUAUGCCACCAUCUUUGGGAACGUGACGACCAUUUUCCAACAGAUGUAUGCCAACACCAACCGGUACCAUGAGAUGCUCAACAGCGUUCGGGACUUCCUGAAGCUCUACCAGGUGCCAAAGGGCUUGAGUGAGCGAGUCAUGGAUUAUAUCGUGUCCACCUGGUCCAUGUCCAGGGGCAUCGACACAGAGAAGGUUCUGCAGAUCUGCCCCAAGGACAUGAGAGCCGACAUCUGCGUGCACCUGAACCGCAAGGUGUUCAAGGAACACCCAGCUUUCCGGUUGGCCAGCGAUGGCUGCCUGCGGGCUCUGGCCAUGGAGUUUCAGACAGUGCACUGCGCCCCGGGGGACCUUAUCUACCAUGCGGGAGAGAGCGUUGACAGCCUCUGCUUUGUGGUCUCCGGCUCCCUGGAGGUGAUCCAGGAUGAUGAGGUGGUGGCCAUCCUAGGGAAAGGAGACGUGUUUGGAGAUGUGUUCUGGAAGGAAGCCACCCUUGCCCAAUCCUGUGCCAACGUGAGGGCCCUGACCUACUGCGACCUGCAUGUGAUCAAACGGGACGCCCUGCAGAAAGUGCUGGAAUUCUACACGGCCUUUUCUCACUCCUUCUCCAGGAACCUCAUUCUGACCUACAACUUGAGGAAGAGGAUCGUGUUCCGGAAGAUCAGCGACGUGAAGCGGGAGGAGGAGGAGCGCAUGAAGCGCAAGAACGAGGCGCCGCUGAUCCUGCCCCCGGACCACCCGGUGCGCCGACUCUUCCAGCGGUUCCGGCAGCAGAAGGAGGCGCGGCUGGCGGCCGAGCGCGGCGGCCGCGACCCCGACGACCUGGACGUGGAGAGGGGCGGCGGCCCCGAGCGCUUGGCGGCCCCCCACGGCGCGGCCCGGGCCAGCGUGGUCACCGUGCGCGAGAGCCCCGCCACGCCCGUGGCCUUCCCGGCGGCCUGCCCGGCGGCGGUGGCCGAGCUCGGCCGGCUGCACGCGCCCGGGCCGGGGCCGGGGCCGGGGCCGGGGCCGGGGCCGGCCGGGGCCGGGGCCGACUGCGCGCGGCGCAAGGGCUGGGCCCGCCUCAGGGACGCGGGCGGCAGGCCCGAGGACUGGAGCCAGGUGGCCAAGGCCGAGUCCAUGGAGACGCUGCCCGACAGGACCAAGGCGCCCGGAGAGGCCACGCUCAAGAAGACGGACUCGUGCGACAGCGGCAUCACCAAGAGCGACCUGCGCCUGGACAACGCGGGCGAGGCCCGCAGCCCCCAGGACCGGAGCCCCGUGCUGGCCGAGGUCAAGCACUCCUUCUACCCCAUCCCGGAGCAGACGCUGCAGGCCGCCGUCCUGGAGGUGAAGCACGAGCUCAAGGAGGACAUCCAGGCCCUCAACGCCAAGAUGACCACCAUCGAGAAGCAGCUCUCCGAGAUUCUCAGGAUAUUGACUUCCAGGAGAGCCUCCCAGUCUCCCCAGGAGCUCUUCGAAAUAUCGAGGCCCCAGUCCCCUGAAUCAGAGAGAGACAUUUUUGGAGCAAGCUGAGGGGUCUCUUUGGAAGAAAAGAAACAAAACAAAAACAAAAACUGAGAAAAAAAGAAAAGAGUCCAAGACAACCCCGCAGCACCCCCAUCCCCGGCCUAGGCACCCCCCACCCCACCACCACACACACCUGCGUGACCAACAACUUCCAACUUCUCAACCGAAGACCAGAGUGGGACAGUCGCUCAGGCUCCCGCUCCCCGUCUCCUUCCCUGGGAGCCCCCCCACCCCGGCCUGCGAGCCGGCAGCGCUCGCCAACUGUCUGCACGCCUUUGGAAGAGGGGGCAUGCUGUCUAAAGGGUAUCUUCCUUCGUUUUUAAUUUUUUUACUGCCGUGAUAUUUGUAAAAGAUGACAACCACUAGAAAAGAGGAGCAGCUACGUGGGGAUUGGUGGGAGCGCGCCAGGGAACCCCUCCGGUAGCCCCCAGCCCGGGCUCCCUCACCAGGACCCCAAAGACUGCGGUGGGCACAGGGACUUCCCAGCAUUCCUUGUCCUGGUACAGCCCCUACCUGUCCUCACCUUCUAUUUUCCGACAGCUGUCAUUUGUCACAAGCCUGGGACAAGGGGAGCUUGAGAGUCAGGGAGGGUAGAGCCUUGCACCUCUAAUGGCUAAGGCCACAAAGCAGAGAGGUGCCCGGGGCGCCUCCCACUGACACUCGGAGCCGGAAUCCUCAGGUCGCCUCUCCCAAGUGGAAGAGCCGGAGAGGGGCCUUCAGGAAGCAGAGACUCUGGGCUGUGGUCUCAGCCUGCUGUCGUGGGAGAGCCGACAGGGACGGCCCCAGAGGCCUCAGAUAAACCUCUGGCCCCGCUCCAUGCCACUGUCCUCCUCGCAUGGGCCCUUUUGCUUCUUUUCCUUCUCAACCCCUCCCCUAGUGUUCCUGUGGCAUUCCUCAGGGUGUGCAGCGUCAGCAGGAAGGGCGAUGAGCCCAGAGUUGCUUUAUUAGCAAAGACACAGACACACACACACACACACACACACACACACACAACCUCAGAAAAACGAUUGUAGCAAGUCCUAUGUUUCUAUUAGGAUUCUCACUGGGAUUGAUUGCCCUUCAGAAGUUUGUAUUUUGUCCACUGCAUGGGGGUCAUUAUGGGACACUUGGGAUCCAUGCUUGGCCUUAUUUUAAAAUUCACCUCUUUUUCUCUUACUGAAGUCGGUAGGACCUCAAGAGAAACUACCAAGACUGCAGGGCCACGCUUGUACUUGCUCCGGGAACGGCAGACAGAGAAUGAGGCAGCAGGUUCUCAAGCUGUCUCUGUAAGGUGACGGGCAGAGGUGGCCCGGGGGAGGUCUGAGCUCAGAGUGACUGUCACAGAGCCACGUGUGGGCCAUCCAGGCCCCUAUGCCGUGAUGCUUGGGGACACUCCACUGCCUCCUAGUCACCUGGGGUCAGAUUAUCCAUGUGUUUGGGUUCCUUUCAAUGGCAUCUGAGAAAGGAGAGGGGUCUCUCCAGGCCAAGUGGAACUAGCUCAGGUGUGUGCCCUCUGAAGAGCGUCAGGACCCGAAAAAUCGACAGGCAAGGUUGGAAGUUUUACUCUAAAAAUUAGCUUUGGGGGAGAAUCAGGAGUGCAGGGGGUCUGGACUGUGGGUGACAGCAGGGACCCAUCCAGGGCGCUGGCUUUCCGCAUGUGCACGUUGCAGCGCCUCACCCCUGGCACCCGGCAUUGCUUUGUGCACAGCCUGGGUUAAGCGCCCCGGGACUGAAGGGGACCUGCCAGGACGGGACUUGCGCUACCAAAGAUACUCAGCAUUUCUGAAGGCCUCCCAUCUGGGCCCACCUACCCGCCCGCCCCUUUAUUCCUGCUCGGCGGCCACGACAGGUCCCAGGACUGGGCCUUCAGUUGGGUGUGUGCAGAGUGGGGCUGUCCUCUCCUGGCUCCCAGCAUUGGCGCGGAUGGCCCUGGGGAACAGGGCCCAGGAGGUCAAGGGAAGAUUCCUUCCCCGGGGCCCCGUGCGCGGGGCGGCUUCUCACGGGAGGCUUACCGGAGUGGCUCCUGGCUUCCCAAGGCUGCAGCAGGAUUAGAUCCAGCCUCGGAGGGCAGCACGCAAAGAGGAGGAAGUAUAAUGUCCCAAGGCUGAGUGAUGACUCUGGAUAAAGCUUUGAGAGUUUCAGUCUCCUUGAAAAGCUGCCAGCUAGUCCAGAGGCUAUAAAAAUCUGGAACACCAUCUGCCCCAGAAUGUUCUAGCUUGCCAUUCCUUAAAUAUGUUCGUUAGCCCGCUUCUGAAGUUCAGUACUCACUACCUUUAAGUCAGGACAAGGGCCCUACUGACUGACGCCAUCGUCCGGCUUUAGAAGCACCUGCCCAGCUCUCUGCAGGCUUGAUGACAGGCUCCCGUCCAGCCCCCUCCAGGCCAGCUUGGAGGGGCCCCCGUCCCCGCCAGCUCUGCCGGAGGGUACAGGUGUUUAUUAAGAAAUGCCUCCCCAUUGGGGUCUGAGGGGCAAAGACGCUGAUGUGCCAGGCUCGAAAGUCCACACUUGUUUGGGGGGAGAAAGUAAAGCUUCACGGACGUACUCACGGACUGACUCCUAGGAUUGGAAUCGGCCUGAUGCCCAGAAGCCUGGAUGCUGCGAUGGGAACGCGCUCAUCUCGGGGUCGCAGGUCCCACGUGUGCCUGUGGUGACAGACCACAACGUGGCUGUGUGUGCUUUUCGACUUCUCCACUUAAGGAUUUUAGUGACUUGUGCUUUAUUUCCUCUGGAAAAAAAAUUUUUAACGAGCCAAACCUCCUCUCCUUUCACCUUUUUGACAUGCACUUGGCCAUGGGCUGCUUUGUGCUAACUACCUACUCUUGCCUGGAUGCUGCUCUGGCUUCCCGAGCAAGGGCCACAAGCUUCAGAUGCUGACCGAACCUUCCACUGUCUGGUGGCUGAAGAGAGGUUAGGGAACCUCGGAGUCACUAGGUGUUGGACCCAACACUGAGACUUUAGAAGUUAUGCUGAGAGAUAUCUACCUGAGUUAUUUUUUCCUUUUUGAGGGACGGGGACAUGAUGUAUUAUACCAUUGCCCAGUACUUGCUGGUUACUUGAUCUUGUACUUCAAAAGUCUUUACCUCGAAUGUUCCUCGUAGGGAGGCCCCGCUUCCCAGAGAGUGUCCCUCCAGGCUGCCUUGGAGCCGAAGGCCUUGCCCCAGCGCUUGGCUGCUUGUUGAACACGCUCUCCUCUCCCCCACCGAUGGGAAGCGUGGGAGUGAGGGUUGAGUCUGUGAAAUAAGAUGGCCCACGAGAUGGUGCGCUCGUUCUCCGUGGAGGACGAGGACUCGAGCGUGGAGUGCUGCCGGCCCGUGUGCCUGCAAGGGCUCCUCCACCGAGUGUGACAAGGUCCCCCAGGAAGGAAAGGGUGGCAGCUGCCUGGUUGAGAAGCCCUUGUGUCGAUGCCUGCACCUUCACCCAUCCCAUUCUCUCAUGCUCAGCCCCCCUGGCUUGUUUCUAAGACCAUUCCUUAUAUUCACAACCUCAGACUACAUCUGUGUGCAGAGUUUGUGGCCCGUGGUAGGCAACCAGUGGCUUAACACAUCUCUGUUGCUACAACAGCAUGGGCCCCAGUGUUUCAAAGCAGCUCCCAUUUCUUCUUAUCCGAUUCCUGGGCCCCUUCUACCCUCAGCCUUCUAGAUCCUGUGUGCUGUUGCUGGCUGACAUCAGGCCCUGUUCUGGAAUCUUCUUUCAGAAGUGGAGCCAGCAUGGCUCAGAGUAAAAAUGCACUGCACCACUACACCCCACCCCACAAGCCUCCCUUCUCGAAUCCUUCGGUGGUGGGUGAAAGUAACAAGUUAGAAUUCUUAUCCAAGCCUUUGUGGGGACUAAAAGAAUGCCUUUAGAUCCCAGGUGUAGGGAGAGCCUCCUCUCCCCUUGCUGCACUGACCACCAUAUGGCACAUCACUCUCCGGACAAUUUUAGGAGCCCUGGUGGAGAUACAAGUUGCUGAUGUGCAUUUGAUGAAUAGAUUGUACAAUGUUUUGCAAUAAAGAUGUUUAGCCUUAAGACCCUUGAAUGGAACUCCAGCUGUGAUGGAGCUGCCAACACUCCCCCUCCUCCCUCCUCACGUUGUGUUGCUUAAAGAGGAACCCACUGAGGGCACUCUCAGACCCCAGGGUAGCCUUUCCUGUGUCACUAAAUUGUUGUACUGCCUUCUUGCUCGCUUCAAUACAAAUACUUUCACCAGCUCUUGUGCCCUCCAGCUGGGGGGGGAUUUCACUGUCCCCUCAACACCAACCGCAGCCAUCAGAGAAAGCACCAUUUUCUCACAGGAGGUAUUCAUGUUGAGAAGUUUUGAUUUCUACUCACACAGAUCAAAAAAAAUCAAUGUGAAUUUGCAGCUUAGUUUCAAAUGAAACUUCUCAUGCGAGCAAAUCAGACUUACUCUGGAACCUCUAGAACUGGACUCAGAUGCCCCGCAGGUGCCAGACCCGGUGGGUGCCCUCCCUGCCCCACCAUUAAACUUUUCUUAGAGCCAUUGUCUCUGUAUCUGUGACUUUGGAGUCAGUCGACGGAUCUACUAGUUGUUCAAUGAGAAGUUCACGGAUCUUCUAUCAGGAUAUGAACAAUGAGAAAGAUCUUAAGGAAGAUGCAACCCCCCCGCCCCAAUGAAUGUAUUCUCUUAAUAUUCAGACAUUGUAUUUGUGCAUCAUUUGGAGACUGCCCACAUCUGACGUUUCGCCAACGCCGUAAGGACACUUCUACUCCUGAGCAGUUUGUCAAUCUGGGGCUUCUCCUUAUAUUGACACUCUUUCCAUUGAGUCCCGCCAAAUCCUUUAUCGGGUUUUUCUUUUUCCUUCGCAUCUGCCACUUUGUCCAAAUGAGCAUGAAUAGACAGAAGUACAAAUGAACUGAUAGUAUUUUUAUGGUCAGCUGAGGAUGCUGCCAGAAACUCCACUGUAUGUGUGCAGCUUGGGAAUGUUAAGAGGAAUAUGCGGGCCCCUCCAUUGAUGAUAUACCCUUCUCAACAUUUUUAAACAAGCACAAAUGAUAUUUGUAAAAAAAAAAAAGUUUAAUUUUAUUUAUUAUGGUAAUAAACUAUUUUAUACAUGA